CAAAUUGAAACAACCGAACGCAAAGCUGAAUUUUAUUUAUCAUCUCUUAUUUAUUUAUUUAUUUAUUUUAUUUUCCUUCGUUCCUGCGUUGCAAGUUGCUGCCAAAAUUUUGGGUGAAAGCACACAAACUCUGAAAGAAUCAGAAUUUGCUUUUUGUUUUUUUGUUUCCCUAGUUUUCUCGGCAAACUAACUGUGCAUAAAACCAAUAUCUUCUGUUUUUUAAAGGUAUCCAUCUUCUCUGAAUAUUGGGCAAAUCCUUCACUCUUUUUCCAAGUGUUCAGGGACCAAUAUCUACCACUCUCUUUUAUAGAUCAUAUUGCGACGGCUUGCUUCUUAAAUUUUCCCUCUCACAUGGGUUAAUUCUAGUCAGUUUUGGGUAUUGGAGAUUGUUUUUAUGAAAUUUGUGCAAUUCUAAAAUGCAUUGCUAUUGUUAUUUGUACAAUAAAAGAGUUGGGUUUCAUCAUAUUGGUGCUUGAUUUUAGCUUUCUAGAUUUAUUCCAUUAUUUUUAUUUUGUAUUAGAAUUUCCUUGCAUUAAGAAAAAAAUCAUGUCUUCAAAACUAUGGAGAAGGACUGGUUGAGGGGGGAUGGGUGAGCUGUUGAGCUUGCUGAGAUGAGAUGGGUUUUGGGGGUUUUGAACUGGUGGAUGAUGAUGAUAUUCUCUAUAAUUAUAAUUACUAGUUUGGUGCACGGUGGGCUGUUGUUGUUAUCCUCAGGUUAAAUGGAGGAAUCAGAGAAGAGAAGAGAAAGACUGAAAGCAAUGCGAAUGGAAGCUGCUCAGACCAAAGUUUCUGACACUGUUGAUACUUCUGCCAUGCCUGGUUACCUCUCUAAUCCAUUAGUUGAAGGAUCUGCUACUCUGCCAGUGCAGGAGGACUCUUGUGUGACUCCGAGAUUUGAUUUUUACACAGACCCUAUGUCAGCAUUCUCCAGUAACAAGAGGAGAAGUAAGGUCGGUAACCAGAUUCAGCAGGAUUAUUUAACACCUUCAAGUAAUAGUGGUUAUACGGCUACCAUGGCUCGGAUGUCAUCAUCUCUAUCUGGACCAAGGAACUGUGAAAUGACCCCCUCUCCCAAUCCUCCAUCCCAACCCAAUUUUUCACCAGGUCAGGGAAUAAACCAAGCACAAGGUCUCUAUCACAGCUCUGGACCCUAUAGAAGCCCAAUAGAAAUGGCUAGUCCUUUUCCUGCUCAUCAAGGAACUCCUGGAGUCUGGAAUGGGUCUAAUGGCAUGCCUAGGUAUGGUGUUCCAUCUAAUUCACCAAGAGGUGGUAAUUUUCCUAGCCCUGGCUUCAGACCGGUAGGCAGCCCUAGUUUCAGAUCUGGGCGAGGCAGGGGUCACUGGUUCAACAAUAGCCCCAGCCCUGUUUCCGGACGUGGAGGCAGCUCCAGUCCUAAUUCCGGAAGAGGUAGGAGUGGCUGGUUUGGUAACAGCAUGAGUCCUGGUUCAGGGCGUGGCCGUGGGAGAGGGCUGGGUUUUCAUGCUCAUGUCUCUGCACAGGAUCGACCAGAGUUGUUCUACAACAAGUCCAUGGUAGAAGAUCCGUGGAAGUUCUUGAAGCCUGUCAUUUGGAGCAGAGAAAAAGCUUUAGGGAAGAUGGGAAAUGCCUCAGACUCUCCAAAGUCCUGGCUCCCAAAAUCUAUAAACAUGAAAAAAACAAGAGUUUCAGAAGCUACAAAUGAAUCCAGUUCUCAACAAAGCCUUGCAGAAUACCUGGCUGCCUCAUUCAAUGAAGCCGUGAAUGAUGCUUCUGGUACAUGAUAGUUUCCCUGAGUUUUAUGGAGAAGUACUUCUGCACUCUGCAGACGAUGGUCAAACAGUAGUUAAGCCAGCAUCUAUCGGAUCGAUCUGCCCAGAGCACCAAGAAGUUUCAUACCCCACUUCAGAAGUCAAGUUAUUUUGCUGGCAUUCAUUGAUUCUCAAAAUAUAUUAUCAGGACUCAGAAGGUUACUGACAACUGAUUUCACUCUAUCUAUCUAAUAUAGCAAGUUGACAUUUGUAUGUAAAGUUUUGUAAGUUCGGUUUCACAAUUACUGAAACUUUGGGCUGCCCCCUUUGUAUACUGCAUUUGAUGUUGAAUUUCUGCAAUUAGAUAACUCUGCAUUUUCUGA